CCUUGCGUGUAAAGACACACGCAAUAGAGAAGCCAGCAACAGAGCCUCGCCACUUAAAUCCAGCCAAUGCUACCGCUGCUCCAGUACGGCAACGCGGCAGGGACAUACCGAGGUAAGUUCAUCGCACUUCGGUAGAAGUGCUAUUGACUGAUAUUACGCCUGCAAUAUUCAAUUGCAUCCACUUCAGUAAUUGAGUAACAACAGGGUGCCUUAACUAGGCUAAGUGGGAACCCUUUCACUCACUGUGGUUGCUUUAUUAAAAGAAAUACAGACGAUUCAGUUCAGUGGGGAAACUGCCAUUUAAACAUUGUUUAUACCUAAUUUUCUAUCAAGACCCGGCUGACGUGAAUCCAAAGCUGCCUUCAUGAGCUGUAAGAAAUGUUACGUAUCAAAGCGCAAUAAUUGCCCCUAAAACGGUGCGCCCAGAAACACGAGCGAUGCAGUCCGGUGAACAACAGAUUACUUUAGCCCUUACAUUUAUUGUUGUUGCAUAUAUGUAGGUAUUGAAGCUGCAGCGUCAGCCAUUGUGGGGGUGGAGGUUGCUGUGGACGGAGCACUUACGAUUUUAGUUCUGGAUUCAGGCUCAUAGCUCCUGACAAAUCAGCGACUUGUAGAUUCCCUGUUACACUUCUCUGUCGCCCUGUCGGCAUCACUGUAAUGUAUCUAAAUGAGAAAGUGGGCUGUGCGAAUAACAACUUUUGGAAAGUGGGUUUGUUGUGACGAAGCUAUCCUGCAAUAUCGGGGCAAUUUAGUUUUUUGUGUGCAAACCAAACAAAAACGUCAGGUCGAGUUUGAUAGUUGGGGUUUACGAGCAGCACUUGAAGGAGGCGUGAUGCUGCGCGCGUAAUGGAUUUCCCCUGCACUGCUGCGCGUCGGGGACCAGGAGCUGCAGCUGCAGCCGCAGUCCGGCCACGUUAAGAAAUCUGCUCCACCACUUGAUGCCGGUGACCUUGGCCAGCACCGUUGAUCACGCCCCUCGUUCUCGUGUAUUUUGUUUUGUGUUGCUUUUCUAUUCCCCAUGGCAUCGCCGGACGGGCUGGACGGAGAUCGCGUGUUGCAGCGGGGGAGAUCUCAGAGUGACCCGAGCAGCAUACCCGAGGUCCGGUUGGGUGAAGCGCACAGAGCAGAUGUGAUGGACCAGCAGAGGGCGCUACACUCGGGUUGCCUGGUCUCGGGGGUCCGAACGCCUCCUGUCCGCCGCAACAGCAAGCUGGCCAGCCUGGGGCGCAUCUUUAAGCCCUGGAAAUGGCGGAAAAAGAAAAACGAGAAGCUGAAGCCCCCUGCGACCGCGGAGAAGAAGGCAGCUGCGCGACAGAAGAGAGAUGACCUCGUCAGGAGGAACCCCGGGGAGACAGAGACAGAGUUGGAUCUGGCCUGCGGGGGCAACGUUGAGGAUCCAGACACCCCGACUCAGUCCGACGCCGAGGACGCAGACGAGGAGCCCGCGGCGCCUCUGGCCAGCGCCAGCGAAGACCUGGGCAGCGAUUUCGAGGUGUCAACAGUGCAAGAUGUGACUGAGGAUUCGAAGUCGCCCGGAGGUUCCGGUCAGAGUGAAGACGGAGAAGACGAGAGCGUCUUGCUGAGCGACCGCAGUGACGAGCUGCCGACGGGGAAGGUGGAGGCCGCUGAAGGGAAGCAGGAAGUGGCGACGGCAGCAGUGGCGACGGCAGCAGUGGCGACCCCGCCCCGACGGGCCGUUGCUUCUCCUCCACCCAAAGUGCCGGUCAAACUGCUCCCAAGACACGGCAGCCUAGACUAUGCUCCAUCAGUUCCAGUUAAGAAGUCUCCAGCCACCUUACCCAGGAACUUCACUCUUCCCAAAGACCCCCACGGCUCCCUGUUGAGAGGCAGGAUCCUCACACCCGCCGGGUCCCCGCACCUCGGGUCACUGCACUCGCAGCUGCCCCCCAGCUGCAUCAUUGAGGAACUGCACCGCGCCCUGGCCACCAAACACAGACAGGACAGUUUUCAGACAAAGGAGGCGCGCUCCUCUCUGAAGCGCCGGCUGGACGGCCGUCUCUCCCGCACAUCCAGCACAGAAAGGGAGCCCGCCGGGGAGUCGGGGAGCAAGAAGGAGUCCGAUGAGAACAAGGAGAACUGGCGCCUGGACGAGUACCUGAACGACCAGGACAGCUGGAACGACUCUGUCAUCUCCGGCACCCUCCCGCGCAGGAUGCGGAAGGAGCUGCUGACUGUGAAGCUUCGGAACCGGCCCAGCAAGCGGGACCUGGAGGACCGCAACAUCUUCCCUGUGCGCAGCGACCAGGAGCGGCAGGAAAUCCGGCAGCAGAUAGAGACGAAGCUGGCUAAGAGGCUGAGCCAGAGGCCAGCGGUGGAGGAGCUGGAGAGUCGGAACAUCUUGAAGCAAAGAAAUGACCAGACGGAACAGGAGGAGAGGAGGGAAAUCAAACAGCGGCUGAACAGAAAGCUGAACCAGCGGCCAACAGUGGACGAGCUGCGGGACAGAAAGAUCCUCAUCCGCUUUAGCGACUACGUGGAAGUGGCCAAAGCUCAGGACUACGACAGGCGGGCUGACAAGCCCUGGACCCGGCUGUCAGCAGCUGACAAGGCGGCGAUACGGAAGGAGCUGAACGAGUUCAAGAGCAACGAGAUGGAAGUUCACACUUCGAGCAAGCACCUGACGAGGUUCCACCGGCCGUAGCAAGGUUUUCUUCUGUGAAGAGUUGCCGAUAUACAUCUGGUUCCGUCAGUGAAGGCCCACAGUCAGUGGGCGCUCUGGUACUUGUAUCCAGCGACACCUUGGAGGCUAUGUCUCUGGAAAAAGGGGAGUUGGCCGGUAGAUGGCGUGGACGCAUGCAGCGAGCUCCACUUCUGCUCGGAGGAACCGCUCCUCCACCAGCCCUUCGCCUCACACCUUGUAAGAGGAGUGGGGGGGGGGGGAGAAGAGUCACGGUCACGUGUUCGCCAUCGACGAGCAGAGACUUUUAUUUUGUAAAACAGACUCUUUUGAAAGACUUUUUUUUUCUUUUUCUUCGAUGCCAUUGGAGGAGAAGCGGGGGGGGGGGGGGGGGGGGGUGCAUGUGACUGAGUCGAACCAGUCCCCACUCCAGUAUUAGUAGUCACCCCCUCCCCACCCCACCCGAGCUGUGUCUAAGUCUCACCAAUUCAGUUGAUGCGUUUCAUAUCGACGGUGUAAACAGAAACCUUGUCUGUGUAAAAGACAGAAUUCCCUUUGUAAGCACUAUUUAUUGUCUGCACAAUACAGGUUUUCAAUUUGUAAC